UAAUCCAGUUGAAACUGCAGCUCAGCUUCAGAAGAAAGGUCUUAUAUCCAAGACAGUAAUGAAAGACAUGAUGAGGUCCCCCGAAUCUCAACAAGAAAAGACUAUUAGUUUAGUUGAUGCAGUCGAUGAGACAAUAAAGUCAAAACCUGACCUUCUUUUUGUGUUCAUUGAAGUACUACUGGAGGAUGAAGACCUUCAGGCUGUAGGCAGAGAAAUGUCGCGAGAAACAGGUAUACUUCAUCCUGACAGAACCCAUGCAAGAUUACCCAACAUUCCCCUUCCAACUACAGAUGGCACAGGAAGAGCAAGGGGCAGCCAAGAAACAAUGCCAACCACAGCUGGGAAUACUGUUUCACAACUUGACAUUGCCCUGCCAUUGAUAGGUGAUGGUAUAUCUGCACCACAAUCAGGUUUAAGUCGAGUGUUGACAAAUUAUAAGAGCUACUUGCAGUCUAUUUACAAUGCUAGAGCCCUAGCUCCAGCAGACAAGUACCUUCCCACCCUAGACGCCCCCUACAUUAAUCUUGCCAUGAUUAUAAGGGGACGCUACGAUACUGAGCAAAGAGAUGAGUUUACCAGGAGAACAUUGCAUGGAGGAGUAGACCAGAUUCUUCAGAGUAAGGUACCUAUUGAAAUUGAAGACUUGCUGACAUUUGAAUGGAAAGAUGACUAUUUGUUUAUAUUGCCGUACUUAAAAGCCUUGAUCCAAGAAUUCAGCAAGUCUGGAGGCAUGCCUGUCGUGAUCAUUCCAGAAGAAAUUGAUAUUGCCAAUGCUGAUUCUAGUUAUUCUAGGCUUGCAGCAAUAACCAGGGGAAUGAUCCUCUGGAGCAAAAAGCCUGUAAACAUUGAAGAAUUAUUGACAUUUGACUGGAAAGACAACUAUUUGUUAAUUCUGCCUUUUUUAAAAGCACUGAUCCAAAAAUCUAGUGUUUCAAAAGAAACUAGGCCUGACCUGUUGACUCAACAAGACCGUGGUGAGCCAGGUAGGUUCAUUCUGGUAGAGGGCCCUCCAGGAAUUGGCAAGAGUACCUUUGCCUGGGAGGCAUGUAGGAGAUGGGAUGAUAUAGAAAGCCUUAGAGGCUACCACACUGUGGUGCUUCUCAAGUUGAGGGAAAAGUGGGUUUUAAAUGCCACGGCCCUUUCUGAUCUUUUCAGACACCCAGUUCAGCCUAGUGACAGUAAAGACAUUGCAAAAGAACUGCAUGAUUCCCAUGGUUGCAACCUGUUAUUGGUUUUAGAUGGUUUUGACGAAGUCUCUCACAGUUUCCAUAAGGACUCUGUCAUUAAAAGAAUUCUAUGCAGGCAGCUCUUACCCAAAUGUGCCAUCAUUCUCACUACUAGACCAGUGGCCAAGUCAGCACUCAGAAGUAUCUGCCAGCCUAAAGUUGAUAAACAUGUAGAAAUCAUUGGGUUCACUGAGGAAGAGAGAGUGAGGUAUAUCACUAAGGUCUUUAGCAAUAAACCAGAGCUUCAGGCAAAUUUCUUGAAGUACAUGUUUCUUGUCCCUCACAUAAAGUCAAUGAUGUACAUUCCACUCAACUGUGCCAUUAUAGCACAAGUCUAUUACGAGUCUCAGAGUAGCCGCCACCUGCUCGCUAUACCAAAAACAAGAACACAGCUGUACCAGGCACUCACUCAUUCCAUCCUUGUUAGACACAUGAGGAUGAAGAAACCCAAUCAUGAGUGUACAUCUAUGCUUCCUGAGGGCUUAAACAAAAGGGAUAAAAAUAAGUUCAGGGUUUUGGCUCAGUUUGCUUUUGUUAACUAUCACCAAGGUGGUUCAAGAUUGAAGCAGGUGACAUUUUUCAAAGAGGACAUCCCUGAGGGAUUUGUUAGUUUUGGGUUCAUGAAUGAAUCUACUGAAAUGUAUGCCAGCAGAGGAAUGGAGCGAACCUUGUCAUUUCUCCACCUCAGCCUACAGGAGUACCUGGCAGCUUGGCACCUUGCUGAUACCUUCAGCACUGAGUUUCAGGUGGCU